UACCCUGUACCUCUUAAUUGAUCAAACUGCUAUAUAGGUUACUAAAAUUUUGCCAUCUUAGGUUUGGUUGACGGUGUUGUUCAAAGAGAAGAGCUGCAUUCUUCCAGUACUUUGUAGAAAUAAUCAGCUGUUACAAAGAGAGAAUUGUAAUGAGUAGUUAGACUCCAGUCCUUGAAACUGACCCUUUGUAAGUUGGUGCCCUGGCAGUGCCCUCUGUUUUAUCCUUGAACAUCCGAAACCAAAUGUACAGCUUGGUUUAUUGGGCAUUAAACGAAAAUCGCAGUGUUUCGAUGUCCACGGUGUGGGUGCUGGAGAGACAAAGCUGUUGGUUGAAGGGACUUGUUCACUUUUUCUGUUUGCCUCAGACCUUUAGCUGGUGCCAGCGGUGUCAGAUUUACAUCUUCAGCAUAGCCAAAAGCCGGUCUAGAGUGCAUUUCCAAACUUUUCAUUCUAAAGACUACAGCUUAAUAAAAUGCUAGGAGUUCUUUAGUUAAGCUGGGAACAUGUGUUAUGGAGUGGUGAUCUAUUCAUUUCUUUAGUGGAUUGUCAGUGCUUUCUCUGCGGUCCAACUAACACCGAUAAAUAAGUAGUUGAGGAACAAGGUUGGCAAUGAUGGAUUUUGAAAUUUCAUUGUGAUAGCUUAGGAACACACAUUUUAUAAAGUUCUUGAAUAGUUGCUUUUUGUCCUGACAAUUAAAAUUUGAAGUCUGUUAGCUUAUACAACUUUGAAAAUGUAGACACGUGUCAUAGCAGUUCUUCCUCAGGAAUUAAUUAUGAGUAGAUAAUUAUUUUAAUACUUAAAUAAUAAGUGCUAAGAAUGUAAUUAAAAUACCUUAUUCUAUUUCUGGUUCUGCUAUUAGUAGCAUAGUGACCCUCAGCAAAUUACUUAACCUUUACGGGCAGUGCCCUCGUCGGUAAAAAAAGGAGCAUAAGAGUUUUCCAACCUGUAAAAAUGAUUUUUUUUCUCUCUCCCCUCAUUUAAUGGUCAGCAGUUGAUUUUUUUUCUUCUAAUCUGUAUAAGUACUUAAGCUAGGAAAUGAAGGUGUUAGAAAAUGUUCUGGUCAGUUGCACCAAUUUUUAAAUGAGAAAAUACUAAAAAAUUAAUAUUGGUAACACUUGAAGUAUGCCUUCCCUUGGUUAUAUGCAGCCUCACAGUUUAAAAUGUGGUUUUUUAAAGCCACGUUGGAGUGUCACGUGCACUCUCACCUACACACAAAAUCAAGUGGCAGUUUUUCACCAAGAAUGCUUCAUUCUUCAGACUGGAGUAGCAUCAUCAAAGAAGAGAAUCCGUUUUCUGCAUCUCUUACAUUACAUGAAUACUCAUUGUUGUACCAAGUGAAGAGUGAGAUUAAUACUAAAGGAGACUACUAUUUGAAAUAUGAAAUUAAGCUAUCUACAUGAAAUACAUUUAGAUACUCAGCAUAAUGUGUUUAUAAACAAAUCACUUGCCUUUUUGUUAAAAUUAUAUUUUUAGGGCUCAGGUGUAAAGAGCACUUAUUCAAGAGGAUUUAGGGUUGAUUCCCAGCACCCAGGGAUCGAUACCCUCUUCUGAUCGCUGCUGGCACCAAGCUUGCAAGUGGUGCACAUACAUACAUGAAGGCAAAACACCAGUACACAUAGAUUAAAAUUUAAAGGAUGAAUAAAAUAAAAAAUUAAAAAUGACAUGUAAAAUAAGGCUGUAAUAGAAUUCUGCCUGGUGAGUGAUGUAAUUUGAAUUUGCCCCUCCAAAACUCAGUGCCAAAACUUCAUGGCCAAUAGCUGAGUAUUAAGAGAUCUAGAAAGAAGGGCUGAAGAGACAGCUCAGCAGUUAAGGGCACUUGCUCUUAUUUUCCUCAGGUCUGUACUUGGGAACGUGACACCUUCUUAUUGAGGGUGGCUUGGUUUACCUGCAUUGUUGAAAGAGGAAGGGUAGGUGGAGAAAGAAGAACAUACCAUACAGCAAAGGCAUUUACAGACAUCUCCACCCUUUGUAAGUGCAUAAGCACACAGCCAUCUGGGCCUCUUUGAAGCAUAAGUUAAUAUUAUGUGACCUUUAAAGUUUCCCAGGCAGUCCUUAAAUUACCUUACUUGGCUAAAUAUCCAAAAUUUCACGUGGAUAAGGAAAUUUAUAUAUUACAGAUGGACUAUAAUAGAAUUUACAUUUACCUUAAUUAAAGUUAUAAUUAGGGAGUAAAGAAAUUAUUUUUCAAACCAAAAUAAAUGAUUAGGUAGAAAAAAUGACUCCUGUAAUACUAGUUUAUGAACUCUCUGGAAAAGGAAAAGAACAGCUGAAACCAACAGUUGGCAGAGUCUGUCAAAGUUGCACCAGCAGUUUUAACUGGAGUGAGGUCAACUGAAGUCUGGGUGUGUAAAAAGUGUACCAGGCCCCUUACAAAUAAAGAUAAUUGCAUAUGUAAUAUGAAACCUCCAGAAGCUUCAGCGUCUCCCGAGACGUGCCUGUUAGGUAAUAUAUCCUAAUGCGGCCGUGAGUCUGGCGCUCUGUCGGGCACUUGAGAGGGCAACAUAUACCAAGUCACUUCAACCAGUUAUUUUGUGCUACUUUGUUUUUACUUAGCUUAAUAAUGCCUGUUUCUAUUAAGAGGUAGUUAUGUUUAAAAUGGAAGUUUUCCCUACAAAAGGAUGUUGAGAUUUUUGUUUGUUUUUCUGCUAUCUAUCUGUCUUUGCAAACUUUGAGCCCUUCCUCUUGCCUUAAAGCAUGGAACUGGGUGCUGCUACGUUAUUACCUGGAGUCUCAUUUUGCUUAUGGCAGGGGUGGUAGCAAAAAUGUGGAAAUGUUGAUCCACCAUCACAAUAGGCGUGCACUUUGUAAAGGCAGCCCAACAACGGAGCAACCUAUCUUCAGCACUCGAGCUCAUGUCUUCCAGAUUGACCCGAACACAAAGAAGAACUGGGUACCCACCAGCAAGCAUGCAGUUACUGUAUCUUAUUUUUAUGACAGCACAAGAAAUGUGUAUAGGAUAAUCAGUUUAGAUGGCUCAAAGGCAAUAAUAAAUAGCACCAUCACACCAAACAUGACAUUUACUAAAACAUCUCAAAAGUUUGGCCAAUGGGCUGAUAGCCGGGCAAACACUGUUUAUGGACUGGGAUUCUCCUCUGAGCAUCAUCUUUCAAAAUUCGCAGAAAAGUUUCAGGAAUUUAAGGAAGCUGCUCGGCUUGCAAAGGAGAAGUCGCAGGAGAAGAUGGAGCUGACCAGUACCCCUUCACAGGAAUCAGCAGGAGGAGAUCUUCAGUCUCCUUUGACACCAGAAAGUAUCAAUGGGACAGACGAUGAGAGAACACCCGAUGUGACACAGAACUCAGAGCCAAGGGCUGAGCCAACUCAGAAUGCAUUGCCAUUUCCACAUAGUGCUGGGGAUCGAACCCAGGCCCUCUCUCAUGCUAGUUCAGCAAUCAGCAAACACUGGGAGGCUGAGCUAGCUACCCUCAAAGGCAACAAUGCCAAACUCACUGCAGCCCUGCUGGAGUCCACUGCCAAUGUGAAGCAGUGGAAGCAACAGCUUGCUGCGUACCAGGAGGAAGCAGAGCGGCUGCACAAGCGGGUCACUGAGCUGGAGUGUGUUAGUAGUCAAGCAAACGCUGUGCACAGCCACAAGACAGAGCUGAACCAGACAGUGCAGGAACUGGAAGAGACCCUGAAAGUAAAGGAAGAGGAAAUAGAAAGAUUAAAACAAGAAAUCGAUAAUGCCAGAGAACUCCAAGAACAGAGGGACUCUUUGACUCAGAAACUACAGGAAGUUGAAAUUCGAAAUAAAGACCUGGAGGGGCAGCUGUCUGACCUAGAACAGCGCCUGGAGAAGAGCCAGAACGAACAAGAGGCUUUCCGCAGUAACCUGAAGACACUCCUAGAAAUUCUGGAUGGAAAAAUAUUUGAACUAACAGAAUUACGAGAUAAUUUGGCCAAGCUACUGGAAUGCAGCUAAAGAGAGUGAAAUUUCAGUGCCAAUAGAUGGAGAGAUGCUGUCUGUCUUCCUAGGACUGUUUGGGCUCCGUACCAAGAUUGCACAAAAUUUUUUGAAUAUCAUUCCUCCAGGAGGAGGGUGUUUUGAAAAUUGGAAUUGUAUAUUUCAGUAUAAAUUUUAGAAUUUAGCUUAUAGCUAGUUGGGGAAAAAAAAAGACAUGAAAAACUUGAACUACAAAUUACCUCCAUGUAUAUUGGCCAUAGUUAACUGGAAAGUUAUAAGUAGACACUUUAAUGCAAUCUUUUCCCCCUGAUAUUAGCCAAUGGGAGAAUUAACAAUGUCUGGGUCCCUUCUCCUCUUUUGUUCAACACAGUGAAGAUUAUAUGCUUUUUAAAUUUAUUUAUGAUAUCUACAGCUGUGUUUUGUGCAAAAACUUAGUAAUGGAAGCCCUGUCUUUGUUGUUAUCUGAAUAAUUUCUCAGGAUAAUUUUUCGCUGCUGAGAAAGGGCCAUUACCAAUUAAUCCUUGCCAGGAGUUGGGGAGCUAUGCCUCUAAGUGAAACUCACUAUCAACGGGUGUCUGGAGUUCUUCCCUUUUUGUACUGAGAGUGUUUUCACUCUAGUGACUACUCUGGUACACUCUGCUAUCUCCAAUCUUGUCUGUUAUAUAGUUUACUUUUCCAUAUUGAUUCCAUGUAUUUAUGAGAGGAUACUGUCUCCCAGUUUAUUAUACAUUUUAAAGCCAACUAAACAAAGGCAGCUGAGUCCCUCAGAUAUUUUUCUUUUUAAAUUUAUAGUAAAUUUGACACACAGAACUGAAAUACAGCAGUCCGUCCUUGACGGUUUAGUCUAGCAAUGUUAAGUAUAUUUACAGAAAAUAUGCAGUUACAUUUAUUUAUAUAUUUGGCAAGAAAUCUUUUCUGAGUGAUCAAUGCAUUUCAAUUUAUGAAAAAUAAUGGUUAGGGGGCACUGUUUAUUAUAGAUAAUUUUAAGGUAUAUAACUGUUUUCAAGGACGGCCACUUCCACCUAGCGGUCAAGCCGAGAGGACUGCAUCUAAAUUGUGACUGUGGCAGAUGGGUCUUCACAGAAACCAUGUCUUUAUUCAAACUUCACAAGGCUAUAUUUUGAACUGUUAACUAGGCAUUUCAAAACAGGAGAUACCUUCAACAGACUCUUCUCCAAGAGCAGGUUUUACUGUUUUUUUGAUGUAAUUUUAAGACAUUUAGCAAACAUGCAUUUCUUUAUAUGAUACAUUUCUUUCACAAAACAAUUUAAAAGUAAGCCAAGUGCUGCCUGCUCUGCGAGUAGGAACUGCAUCAGAAUCGUGUAUCUUGCUGUACAAUGCCUGUGAUAGUGAAGAGGGUUCUUCUUAGUGUAUGCUUGGGUACCUAACUCUGGAGUCAAUGAAUGCACCCAAUUUUUUUUGUUUGUACCCCAAAUGAUUGAAUUGUUAAAUACAAAUUAAGCAGAUUAACCCAUCUUUCUCACUCAAACAGAUUCUUUAGUAUGUUUUAUAUUUAUGUGUAUGUAUGUCAAUACAUACAUACUAAUUUAUAUUAGAAUGAAAAUAAAUCGUUUGUUUCUAAAGGUAGUUUCUACAGUAAGGUGUCUCUGACACAUGUGUAUCAGACACUGGACCACCAUGUAUUCUCUGUGCUAUUCCAUCCUGCCUGUCACCUCCAUCAACCUUAGGGUAUUUCCCUCACCUGUCUAUUAUAGAAGGAAUCUUUUGGGUACACAUGCUCAGAGAUGAGAUACUUCUCUGAGAAAUCAGGUAAUAAAAUUUAUUUGAUGGAUAGAAUUUUGAAAACAUAUGAUUUUAUCUAUGAGUUUCUGAAUAUCAAAGAAUACCACGUUUUCAUUUAAAUAGAGGACUAACACUAGGGAUCAGGGAAUUUAGUUAUGAAGAGUUUCAAAAAAAAUCCAAAAAAAAAAAAAAAAAAAAAAACAGUGUAAGCUGUUGAUAUGGUAAGCGAAUUAUUUUAAUGAUGUAAUAAAAUAUUUUUAAAUUUUGGCAUAGUGAUCAUUUAAUGGGAAAAUAACUCACCAAAAUGUCUCCACUUGAAUUGUACUGAUAAUGUGAGGCAUAUGUGUAAUUCAAUAUAUACAUAUACCUAUAUGUAUAUACAGAAAUUAUUUUUAAUAUUUUCCUACUGCUGUGAAAUUUAAAAUUGGAAAAUUUUGUGAGUGUUUUCCAUGUCCAAUAGAGCCUAAUUGUUUCUUUUUUUAGUAACUUAACAAUCUCUUGAGGGCUGCACCUAUAAAUUCCCAGCUUGUCAGUAGACAUGUACAGUGUUUGGGAUAAGGUGGACACAAGUGCACAUAUAAAUAAAACCUUCUUCUUGACUAUUUUAAACCUUCACUCACAUGAGGAGAGCCUCUAGAAAUCAUAGCCUCUGAGCUAUAGGUACGUCACUCACACAAGGAGAGCCUCCAGAACUCAUCGCCUCUGAGCUAUAGGUUGUGUGCCUACUGUAGCUUUUCCACCGCUGUAUUAUAUAGACAUUUGCAUAUUAAAAUUUGAUUUUUCCCAGAGAUAAAUAUUAUAUAGUGUAUCUAUAUUUAGAUCAAACUGUGGUAAUAUAUUGAUCAGAACAUAGUGUUGGGGACUAUAGCCUGAACAUGUGGACUUGCAGUGACCCAGGAGGAGAGCAGGGGUCAGUCCCAUCUGUGUAUAAGUUAUUAUAACUAUGAAAUCUUGUACAAAAGCAAAAACUGGAAAAAAAACAAAAAUACAGUUUUUAUUUUGAAAUACAUUUGUUCUCUGGAGAAUGUACUUGAUCGUCUCCUCAGUCUUCUAAGGCUACUUAAGCGUUUAAGGGACGGCAGCGUUUACUUCAACCCUACAGGUGCUACUGGAUUCUGCAUUAGUAUGUGAUGUUUUAAAAUCCUAACUUUGACAUAAAAGGUUUUAUAAGUAUUUCCCUGCCUGGAAAAUUAGUUUUUAUUCUUCUUUCUUCAUCCCCUUCUCUCGCUCUGCCUCUCUAGACUUAAAAAUGAACAUUCAUGACAUUGCAUUGCUCCUUGUCCCUAAAGGAACUUUGCAGCACCCUCAGAACUGCGAUGCUCUGUUGUCUUUGGACGUUGGGAGCAGUUAGGGGAGGAGCUUGUCGCUUGUCUUUUCAGGUGACUCUGAAAUGGUAAGCUACCACAUGACCUUUAAGAAGCCAUUGCUUUCCUCUGUUAAGAUUGCAUUAUCCUUCAGCAGGUAAGCCUCCACCUUCUGUGCUGUUGUUUGCCUUUGGAAUGUGGUUUAGGCUGCAUCUCUGGAUGCUGGGACUCGAGUAGGAGGCAGGCCGUGGGAACACUUGUGAGUUAUUUUUCUGAGCCUUGCAUAUGAUGAAUACCAAAUAAUUUUAACAUUUGAAAUUUUGUUCUUAAAGACCAAAUAGACUUCGUUGAUCUUUUGUCUCCUGUGUGCAUUAACAUAAACUUUUAGGAUUCAUGAAGUAAAUUAACAUCAUUUCUUUUUCUUUCAUGGUGCUUGGGGUCAAAGCCAGGCAGGACCUAGCACAUGCUAGGCAAGUACUGUGUCACUGAGCUACUUCCCAGCCCUAUAUAAACUCACAAAGAAGAAAAAUUUCAGGUAAGAAAUAGUUGAGUUUGAAACAUUCUUUUAAAUCUUUAAUAGGAUACACGCUAUAUGACUACUAGUAGUAUUUGUUAAGAAUUAUUUUUUUAAAAAUUUAGACUCACUCAUUCUGUUGUCCUCAAAACAACAACAAAAAUAUGUUUUAAACUGGCCAUCAGUACUCCCACUUUUAAUCCCAGCAUUGAGAAAGCUGAGGCAGGAGGACUGAGAGUUGAAAACUAUCCCGGGCUGUAUACAGUAAGACUUUGUCUCAAAAAUAAAGAAAAAUAAAUUUAAGCCUAAUAAGCAGGGAGAAACUAGAUCACUGACAGUUUUGCCACCUAAAGAUGUGUUAAACUGCUAGGUAAAGAAGGUACCUUCAAAAGAAGAUACACGUGAGCGUAUGUGCAUGUGCUCCUGUACCCAGUGCGUGUCUGGUGCUCACAAAGUGCAGAAGGGUAUUGGAUUCCAUGGAACUGGAGUUGGCUGUGAGCUGCUGUGUGGGUGCUGGGAACUGAACCCAGGGCCUCUGCAAGAGACUGCUCCCAACCACAGAGCCACCUAAGUCUUUGAGACCUAAGUCUUUGAGACCUAUUUCAUACAUGGUUUUUAUCAUACUCUCUUCGGUUCCUCAACAACUCCCAGAUCUCCCCCAUCCAUGUCUGCACAACUUCUUUUUCUUUCUCUUGAGUGAAAGAGAAAGAGACAUGGGAGAAGCCACUUAAACGUGUGAUCUGACCUGGUUGGCCGACUGCUCCUGCAUGAGACCUGCCUGGACUGGGCCUGGCACAGUCAGUGUCUCCACAGUCAGGAGCUUUCCCUCGGCCAGCAGCUAGCAGCUGCAGAGGGCUUGUUUAGUGGAGACUCUUAGUGCCUACCUCUCCCCCUCAGUGCUAGGACUGUGGCUGGCUGGGGUUUGUGCAGGUCUUAGAGUGUCAUAGUCUUUGAGCAUCCAUAUGGACAUCAGGCCUGUACUGUCUAGGAAAUGUCUUUUCUAUAAAAUCAUCCACCACCCCGACUCUUAGAGUCCUUCUGCCCCCUCUUCUGCAUAGGUCAUGAGCAUAUGGGGAGAAGUGUGAUAAAGACGUCUCAUUCGGGGCUGAAACAGUAUCAAUGAAACUGAGAACGUGUGACUAGAUGGGGUGGGGGGUUUAGGGGAAAACCUACUACUGUUAUUCUGUGCGAGAACUUAGCAGUGAGUGACUCAUGAUGAUAUAUGAUGAUAUAUGACCGAUAUAUCAGUGCAUUGCUCACCCCUCAUUAGAGAAGCUGCUGCUUGCAGUAGAUAGUAACACAGACCCACAACUGGACAGUUUCCAGAGUCAGAGACUUGAAGAAGAUGGCCUUUAAGGGAGCUAUAGGCAUUGUUCAGAGAGAGAACACAUGCUUAAGUAUAUGCAAAGGCAUGCAUUAAAUCCUUAGUAAAAGCAAAUAAAAAUAUAAAAUUACAGAAAUUUUUUUUCUUUAAGUCACUUUUAUCAAAGAUAUUUGUGACGUGAAGAAACCCACAUCUGGACUAGAAUAAAAGGCUACAAACAUGAAAAAAAACAAAAACACAAAAACCUUCCUGUGGCUUUUCUUAUCUUUAGAGAGAAAAUCUAAAAUCAGAUUUCUGUCCUUUAUAGCUGACACUUCAAGUCAUGUUCAUACUCCCAGCUGCUCAGACAGCUGAGCCUGGAGAAGAUUUUAAGGCCAGGAGUUGGGAACCAGUCAGAGCAAGACAGACCCUGUCUCUUUUUAAAAGUAAAUAAAUAAAAGAGAGAGGGAGACAGAACUACCAUUAUGAACGUGAAUGCAGCCAAUGGGAACACCAGUACUGGAUUUAUCUGAGGUCUAUCGAGAUGGCGAGGCACAAAACCCUCCUUCCCAAACCGUACUCCAUUGGAAGUUGCUCUUAUCUGUUACAUAUUUACUUGUUUUUUGAGACAGGGUCUCUCUGUGUAGCCCUGACUAGCCUGGCAUUUGCUGCAUGACCAGGCACGCUGCCCUGGAUCUCACAGAGCUCUUCCUGCCGCUGCCUCCAGACCACUAGGAUCAAAGGCAUGUGCCACACCACUUAGCCAUUGCUGCUUUUAACCAAAUAAAUGGGGAUUGCCCUGAGGGGUUUCAAAGACUGAGAAAAUCCUGACACUUGUUAGGAUAUAUAACUGACUCUAAGACAUUAGCUUCCACAUUCACGGUUCUCAGGCUUCUGACCUACCUUUGUCAGACACUUUCAUGUCUGAUACACCCAGAGAUAGAAAUUCUACUCUGCUUUCUCAUGACAGCAUCAAGUGAAGGUACUCAGGUCUCUUCAUAAGUACAAGCCAUGGCUGUCUUUAUGGUAUUUUCCUGUUGACAUCUUUGGUCUUGUCUGUAGUGGUACUGCCUUGCUAGGAACUCAUUCAGUAAGUACCCUGUCUCUGGACUUGUAAGUGGGCUUGCUUGUCCCCCUGGCUUUUCAUGGAUGACAUCUCAGAAAGCAUGACCAGAGGUGAGAUGUAUGUGGUGUGGGCUUCCUCUAUAGGGAAGUAAGUGGGUACAUCUACUUUGUGACAGUCACUACACUGACAUAGGGAGAGGAGGGCAAAGGAGAAAGGUUCAAAUGAUGGCCCCUGCUGUGUUCACACACAGUUGGUGUCUGGCACGGCUGUUAGGAGGUACAGUUCUUGAGCAUAUUUCUGUGCGGGGUUUGUUGUUUUUUUCUUAACUUAUCUGCCUUGCCUCCCUAAAAUACCAAUUAGAACUUAUUUUACACUUGUUUAUUUGUUUUGUUGUUGUUUUUUUUAAUGUCUUAUCUAGUCCAGGGUGGUCUCAGACUCGACAUCCAAGGAUGAUCUGCCUCCACCUCCCAAUUUGUAGUGUCGUAGGCAUGUGCCAUCCUGUCAACUUUUGUGUGGCACUGGGUGUUGAACCCAGGGCUUCAUCCAUCCUGGGGAAACAUUGUCAUUUGAGUGACAGCACUAGCCCCGUUCAGAUGAUUCAUAGCUGCAUAUCUUACGUUUGCUCUUAAGUCUUCCUUGAUGCUUAUUGCCAUUGUAAAUUACACAUCAUAUUUUUACAGGUAUCUUAUUCGUGGACCAUGUUUUAGUUCCAAUUUCAAGAAAACAAAGCUUACAAAUUUUCAGUGAUUUUAAAGAAACUAAUUGUUUGGCUGGAGAGAUGGCUCAGUGGUUAAAAGCACUAACUGCUCUUCCAUAGGUCCUGAGUUCAAUUCCCAGCAAACACAUGAUGGCUCCCAACCAUCUGUAGUGGCAUCUGACGCCCUCUUCUGAUGUGAAUGAAGACAGCUACAGUGUACUCAUAUAAGUAAAAAGAGAAAAAGAAAAGAAAGGAAAAGAAAAGAAAGAAAGAAAAAGAAAAAAAGAAACUAAUUGUCCAUAUGCAGAAUUCCAGUUCCUUAAACUUAAGUAACAGCUUAACUUUGGAACCACAUACUGGUAGUCCUAGCACUUGAAAGACUGAAGCACGAGGAUUACAAAUUUGAGGCCAACCUGGGAUGCCUAGCAAAACCCAUCAUAAAGUAAAAUAGUAGAAGUUGAGUUUGGUGGAAUACACCUUUAAUCUCAUCACUUAGGAAGUAGAGGCAGACAAAUGUCCAUGAGUUUAACGCUAGCCUUAUCUACAUAGAGAGACCCCGCCUAUAGAUAGAUAGAUAGAUAGAUAGAUAGAUAGAUAGAUAGAUAGAUAGAUAGAUAGAUAGAUAGAUAGAUAAAAACAACAGCCGGGCGUUGGUGGUGCACGCCUUUAAUCCCAGUACUCAGGAGGCAGAGGCAGGCGGAUUUCUGUUCGAGGCCAGCCUGGUCUACAAAGUGAAUUCCAGGACAGCCAGGGCUACACAGAGAAACCCUGUCUCGAAAAACCAAAAAAAUAAAAAUUAAAAAAAAACAAAGAAAACCAAUGGAUCCUAGAGAGAUGCUCAGCAGUUCAGAGCACUUGUUGCACAGGACCCAGUUUGAAUUCUCAGCACCCAUGUAGGUGGCUGCUCACAACCAUCCAUAACUCCAGGUUCAGGGAAGACAACAUCCUCUUCUGACCACCACAGACAGCAGACAUACACAUAACUGCACAGGCAAUACAUGCAAAACACUCAUACAUAUGAAAUAAAUAUUUUUUAGAAAGCAGCAAGCUGAUAAGGCCUUAGGAAGACAACUCAACUCUUAAAUUCUCUGUGAAACACACUGAACCUGGAAACCCAUCCUAGCAUUGAGGGCAGCUCACUUGAGACGUAUGCUGCUCAUUCUGGAUGGCUAUAGUCAGUGCUGACUCUGAACCAUUAAAUCAAGACUGCAAGAAAGCAUGGAGAAGGAGCAAGUCACAUAGCAUAGUCCCAGUGAGACCACAGUCAGUAAAUGAUCACUAAAGUAUCUGCAUUGUGCUGGGUGUGGGGCUGUGAAGGCCUUCUUGGUGGCUUUUUCUCUUCCAUCAAAUUUGACUUAAAUAGACAUAACUUAAACAUAAAAUUAUUUAAGAUUACAAUUCAGUGGCUUUAAAUACUUUCAUGGUGUUGUUAUAACCACUGUCUACCUUCUUGUCAUUCCUGGUGACUGUAUAUUUCCCAAUGUGCAUUUGUCUACUCUAGGUCCUUGUAUGCAUGGAGUCAUACAAUGUUUGUCUUUUUGUGUCUGGCUUGUUUCAUGUAGCAGAAUGUUCUCAAGGUCCAUCCGUGUUGUGGCAUCUCUCAGAAUUCUAUUGCUUCUUGAGGCUGAUGAGAUUCUGUCGUGUGAAGAUUAGCCAUACUGUUUAUCCAGUCACUUGUUGAUGGAUGUUCGAUUGUUUCUACCAUUGUGAAUAAUGCUGCUAUGAAUAACGUGUGUAUACAGAUCUGAGUCUUUGUGUCACAGUUUGGGGAGUUACAUACCUAAGAUAUAAACAGUUCAUGUGGGUGGUAACUCUGAGUUUAACUCUUUGAGGAGCAAGCAGAAGAUUUAAGUUUCAAUGAGAUAGAUAUAAAAAAUAGGCUGUAGGAUAAGGUGUAAGCUUGCAGGGAAAUUGGAGUCUCCAAGCUGGUGUUUUGUAAUCGGUUCAUAUUUGACCCACGUGCCUUUUUAAAAAGUGUGUGUGCACGUUAUGUGGAGGUCAGAGGACAGCUUUUGUGAUUGGUUCUCUCCUUCCACACUGAGCUGUGGAGAUUUAGACGUAGCCUGUCAAGCUUGCAUGACAAGCACUUUUACCUCCUGAGCCAUCUCACCAGCCAGUCCACAUGCCUUUUACACAUUCCUUCUAUAGAUAUUGAGCACCAGCUAUGGCCCAGGCUCGGUUUUGAAAUAGAAACUACAGAAAAAAGGCCAUAGUUGAGUACAAGACAGAGCUAUUUAUACUGUAAGUGCUGUGGUAAAAGAGGACUCUGGUAGCAAACAUCCCAGAGAAGGUUGGGAAGAGUUUCCAAAGGAGGUGAACCCUCCUUAAUUCUUGCCGAAGGGACAAGAGCUAGUCAAUUGUAGGAGUAAAAGAAUGACUGAGAGUGCAUCGUAUGCAAAGGCUCAGACAGGAAAACACUGGGGCCAUUUUAGAGUGGGCCAGUGCAGAGGACUGGGACAUGGGGAAGGGCAUGACAAAGAGGGGCAGAGGCACAUUAGAACAUUGUUGUUUAUAUACAAGGUUUGAACGAGGCAUUGCUCACUCUGCGGUACUGGAGAGAUGGUGAGGGGAUUUUGUUGUAAAGAAGUAAUGCAAAAUAGCAUUUAUAAAACCAGGAAGUUAUGGGAAUGACAGUAAUCCUGCUGAGAGUCUGGCCCUGGAGAUGGUAUAAAAUAUGCAGUGAUGGGUCUGAAGAGUGUCUAGGGGGUGAAAUGAGUAGGCUGUCCUAACUUGUCCAGGUGCUGUGGGAGAAUACAAGGUGACUGCUGGGCAUCUUAAACCAUGGGGUGAGUUGAACAAGAAGGAAAAGCUUGAAGGCAGAGACCAGAAGCAUGGAUUCAUGUCUGUUGCUCUUUCGUGCAAGAUUGGGCGUGACUGGAGUAAAUGAGUUUCAGUGUGAAUGAAUUUAGUGUGUAUGAAAAAUACCCAAGUGAAACUGAGUCUAGGUGUGAAACUUAGGGGGGAGAUGGGAGCUGAAAUUAGCUACUUAGGAGUCGACACUGUGGCAGCACUUGGGAGCCUCAUGACAGGGAGAACCCAAAGUGAAGGUGAGAAUUAAGGCCAGGUGCAGCUUGAAGAAGAGUAGACAGAGGGGUGGCUUGGCCUGCAUGGUGGGCCUCUAGAAGCCAUGAGUGGAGUUCCAGAAAGCCAUAUUUCACAUGAAAAUAAAGCCACAACUCAACUCAGGUCUCAGGGUGAUGCUUUAAAAUGUGUUCCAUUGAGAUCCUUUAUUUGUUUUAAAUAUAUUUUAGGUUUAAAGGAAUUAAAAACCAACAAACUGAAAUGUACUAUCUUAGAAUACUGAGAUCCACUACAUAUAACAUGGAAAAAUAUUGAAAUCUGGGUUAACUAAUUUUUAAGGCAAAUUGGUAGGAUUGCUGCUGAUUUCUGUAGGAAUCAGGACUUUCUCAGUGUAGCACAGAAAUGGCACCUGAGGUGAUAUGUGUCUCCUUGAGAUUCAUUUUAACAUUUAUAACAACAGCCUUAUUGUCUUUAAUGGUGAGCUGAUCAGAUUCUCCAUACCAUUGUUUGUCACUGUAUUGGACUUCAUGUUGUUAUGUCAGGCUGGGGGGGGGGGGGGGGGAGGGGGCGGGUUCAAAGGCUACAGCCAGAAGAAGGGAGCCACUGCCUUCCUGUGGCUCUCCUGCCUCAUGUGGUCAAGUUCUUGGGGCUAAAGUCUGUAGUCUUUCAUGAAAGUUACGUCUUUCAGUUUGUGAAUUUGAUAGUAAAUUCAUGACUAGGACCAGGUCAACAAUGUACAUUUGCAUUGCUUCAGAAGGUUCAUGACUCUGUUAUCCUAAGUGUUCCUCUUUCUUAUGAACUCAGAAGCAUAACUACUUAUAAAUUACUCUCUCAUAGGAAUAAUCUCAAAUGGUAGCAACAAAAAAUAUUCUUUGUACUUGGUUUUAGUCUGCUGUGGUAUUUGAUUUUUUUUCUAGUUUGAGUUACAUUUAUAAUUAGUUUGAAAUAUUUGAGUAGACAUUAUUUGUCACUUGAGCAACAAAUUGAGCAUGUUUGACAUUACAGAAAGGAAAAAGAAGCCACCAGUAUUCAGUUUGCUGAAAAUAUCAUAUAAGUUUUUUAAGUCAACUUGGGAAUUGUCAAAUAAACAAUAACUUUAAAGUU